CACAGAAACUGGAUGUUUUUUUUUGUAUGUGGUGGAUGGCUGCUAAAAAUAGCCCGCAUGCUGAUGAGGUUACAAUGAACAGGUUGGUGUUUAGCUGAAACUUAGAGACAUGCGGAAAGAUGCCCAGUUCUAGGACAUUUUAAUCAAAGACAGAGCGAGUGGAGCAUCAAAGUAAAGAACCGAUCACUUAAUUGAUUGGAAGAAUUGAUUCACGUCAGUAUAGUGCACUUGAGGAACACAGAGACCAACAGGCGAUCUGGGGAGCAGCUUGUUGAUGGCACUGCGCACCGGGAGGACUUGGUUUGGGCAGGUCUUGCGCAGGGUCUUUCGGCUGCAGGGCUCCUGGUCCAGGCGAUCGAGCAGUCUCUUGUGUCUCUCCGCCAACCAGGAGCAGGAUCUGGGAGUGUGUCCUCGGGAUCACUACAAGGCGGGGGGUUUCCACCGCUGCUCCGACUCCGGCGUGCACCGCGGCCACCGUCACCGGAGCGCACCUUUCUGCGCCUCCGCUUCAAGGCGCUGUCCACACGGCUUCCCCCAAGCUUGCUGCGCCUUCCCGGGGAAUCCGAGGGGACAUGAGCCCCUCGGUCGCCGGUUCCUGUUGGCCAUGAAGCGGCAAAACGUGCGGACCUUGUCCCUGAUCAUUUGCACGUUCACAUACCUGCUCGUCGGGGCCGCCGUCUUUGACGCCCUGGAGUCCGACUUCGAGAUGCGGGAAAAGGAGCAGCUGGAAGCCGAGGAGAAGCGUCUCCAGGGGAAAUAUAACAUCAGCGAGGAUGAUUACCGCAAACUGGAGAGCAUCAUCAUGGAGGCAGAGCCCCACAGAGCCGGGGUGCAGUGGAAAUUCGCAGGGUCGUUUUACUUUGCCAUCACGGUCAUAACCACCAUAGGCUAUGGGCAUGCAGCGCCGGGCACCGACGCAGGGAAGGCCUUUUGCAUGUUUUAUGCCGUUCUGGGAAUCCCUUUGACUCUGGUCAUGUUCCAAAGUCUCGGUGAGAGGAUGAACACUUUUGUCAAGUACCUUCUGAAGCGCAUCAAGAAGUGCUGCGGCAUGAGCAUCACCGACGUCUCCAUGGAGAACAUGGUGACCGUGGGAUUCUUCUCCUGCAUCGGCACGCUGUGCAUCGGGGCCGCCGCCUUCUCCCAUUACGAGGAUUGGAGCUUCUUCCAGUCCUAUUAUUACUGCUUCAUCACAUUAACAACUAUAGGCUUUGGGGACUUUGUGGCCCUUCAAAAGAACCGGGCCCUCCAGAAGAAGCCCCUGUACGUGGCUUUUAGCUUCAUGUACAUCCUGGUGGGCCUGACAGUCAUCGGGGCCUUCCUCAACCUGGUGGUGCUCCGCUUCCUGACUAUGAACAGCGAGGACGAGCGGCGGGACGCCGAGGAACGGGCCUCGCUAGCCGACAACCGGAACAGCAUGAUCAUCCACAUCCAGGACGAGUCGCUGCAGCGGGGCCGGCGGCGGCGCGAGCCAUAUCGGCCGGAAGUGACUGACUUGCAGUCUGUCUGCUCCUGUAUGCAUUACCACUCGCAUGACUUCGGCAGCUCCAGGGGAGGGAUGGGAGGCCUGGGCUGUGCCUUCUCCCAUCAGAACUCGUUCAGCUCGCAGCUGAAUCCCAAUCAGUACUUUCACUCGGUUUCCUACCGGAUCGAGGAGAUCUCGCCCAGCACCUUGAAAAACAGCUUCUUCCCCUCGCCCAUCAGCUCGGUGUCGCCGGGCCUUCACAGCUUCACAGACAAUCACCAGCUGAUGAGGAGAAGGAAAUCCAUCUAAACCCUAACACACACACACACACACACACACACACACACACACACAGACACACAGACAAGGACACACAACUUUCCAUGUUUUAUACACACGGUCAAACAUUUCCAAUGCUGCUCCUCACCAAAUCCCCUCCAUUUUGGUUGUGUGUAAUAUAAUAAAAGUAUUGUUGGGAACCGAUGAAGAACACUGUGGAGAACAGCGUGGACACAAUGGGAUGCAAAGCAUGAAGCAUGGAUGUCUAUUUUUUCAAGAGAUUGCUCCAUUUGCAAACACUUCACACAAACGACAAGACCUUCCUUCUUUCAGAUUUACGGUACAAAAUUGAUAUAUUAACUUUGGUUACAUACCAAAUGAUGCACACUUCGGGAAAUGCUAUUUUUUCAAAAAGGGAGUAUGCUUGUUUCACCUUAACUUGAAGAAACUCUCACCGUUAUGUACUAUUCCAUUGCCUCAUUGCAGACAGAGAUUUUGAAAUGACUUAAAGCAUCAGGUAUUGUUUUCUAUAAGCAAUCAUAUAUUUCAACGGUUUCACCACACAUCAAGCCAAAACGUUGUUGCCAAUAUUAGCAUGUGCAUUAGAUGUCAUUCAAUGAGUGUGCCAUAGUUUUGUGACAUUCUUUAGUCUGUUUAUAGCACAGCCGCAUAAAGGUGUCUGUUUGUCUUGGUUUCAAAGGAUCAUGCUGCUGUUAUUAAUAUUUCACCCUCAACUAGUAUCAGAUCUGGCCAUAAAAGCUUUAUUUUAACCUAUGGCAUUUUUCAUAAGGAGAUGUAAAAUCGACCUAAAGAAAAAUCCACCCUCCCCACUAAACUGUAUUAUUGGUUGGUUGUGUACUUUUCUCCCUUUGACAAUCAUAUUGAAUAUCAGUUCUAUAGGUGCACUCCACUGUACAUUGAUACUUUUGCACCGAUAUUCAGUUAUCAUUUAGGAUAUCUCCAUUGUAAAAGAGGCAGAGUGACCAGUUUCUUCAUUUACAGUCAUCCCCUUAAAGAAUAGUUCGGAUUUUUAGAGUUGGGGUUGUAUGAGUUACUUACCUAUAGUCAGUGUAUUACCUACAGUAGUACAGUAGAUAACGGUCGGCACACCCCGAAUAGCAAAGGCAAUGUACUGCUGUGGACGAUGGGCCACACACCAAAAGUUAUAUCAGUCACCUAAAAAAAUGGCCCACCUGAAAUAUCAUAUCAGUUUAAAUGUAGGCUAUAAUUAGAAUAGUUUCACCGCUUUCCCUUUGCUGUCAGACAGCCCUUUUGCAUGGUAACCAGUUGCUGGUCUACCGCUGCCUCAAUCGGUUAGUUAGGUGUAGGUAAAAGCCUGAGGAAGCUGCGUGUUGGACGGUUCUGGCCUUCCGUCAUCCAUUAAUUACCUGAUUAUGGUAAUUAACCCGCUUAUACCAUGGCCAAUUGCCAAAUAAUUUUUUUAAAGCUAAUUAAUAUAUAUUUCAUGUGUUUUGCAAUCAAAACCUAAAAGUGUUUUCAAAUAAUAUCUCCGUUUCCCUGGUAACAUCCAAGGGUUUGACUAAUACCUGGAACAAUCAUUUCCAUCCCAUAAGGUUCUUAUGCAAUGUAACCGUUUGACAGUAUGUCCAAUUUGACAGAAUGUUUAACAACAAGACAAGCUAGCUAUCAGCCAUGUCAUUGUCCCCGUAUCGAAAUAAUAGGAUGAGGGACCGAAGGACUACACUCUUUAAUUUUGCGAAUUCAUUUAGAUCAGUGAACAGACCGUUUUACCAGUACUACUUAGUAGGUAUCCUAUAUCGCAUUUUAAUAAUAACACAAACAAACUAACCGAUGGAGGCAGCGGUAGACCAGCAACUCCUGUGUUCUGUGAGAUAAAAUUACCUUUGUUAAAGGAGUCUAGUGGUUUUAAAGAAAGCAUAAACAUAUACAACGGCUUCAGUUCCCCGUUGGAAUGGGCUGUCUGACAGCAAGGUAAAGCUGUGAAAAUAUUCUAAAUAAAGCGCGGCUAAAAGACGUUAAGCUGCUUCCCCUGUCCAUUACCUGAUACAAUCCCACCUCAAACAUUCCGAACUAUCCCUUCAAUAGACCAGAAUGCAAUGCAGCUAAAGAUAUGUAACAAAAGGGUCAUUCAGCGAUUUCAUAUUCCAUGAAGUUGAAGACGAGACAAAUAAAAAAAGAAAACUGAAUAUUGCAGCGGAGGCUCAGAUAUUCUGACUUUUAGCCCCAGUAACGAUCAAGCUCUCAAAACACUGGAUCCUACAAUUCCCAUGAUGCAACCCAAUGGUAUCUUUCAUUGGACCCUCACUGCCUCCUAAUGCGUAAUGCAAACCCUACACCUCCAGUUUCUAACUCAGCCUUUCGUUUAAAUAUUUGAAGUUUCAAGCCCAUAUUGAGGUAACCCUGAUGACGUUAUUAUGACAUCAUCAGGGUUAUUUUUUCUAACUUUGAAAAGCUCCCUCCAAAGCCACACACUUUACACAACUGAGUAUAGGUAAACUGAACAUCAUGUGUACAAUUGGUAAAGUGCCCCUUUAAGGUAGCGUUGCAGCCAUGAUCUUCAUUGACAUGCUCUUCACAAACCGGAUGUCCAGGUAGCUUCACACAUUUACCUUUUAUUGGGUGCAACCAUUUCUCAAGCUCUUUUAGGAAGCAUUAUGGGAAAUGUUGCUGUAACCGACGAUGAGUCAGGUUGAGGAAAGUGAAUUUACAGGUUCUUCAAAAAUAACCAAAUCACUCAAAUGAAUGAAGUGAGUUAUGAUAUAAGAAGUGUAAGAGGAUCAUAAGGUGCAGUAAGCCAUGCUGCGCAAAGAUUGUUGAUAUUUGAACUCAACUGCCAAACAGAUACAAAGUGGAAGUCGGAUUUUCCUAGGUCAAAGUCAGAAACACGCCCCCUGACUUUGGAUUUCCGAGCUCGGAACCUCGGGCAACCACCGAGUAUCCCAAGCUAACAAAUCCAACAUAGCUACACCGUGCAUCAGUUGCGAAGUUGUGAAAGCUGUAGUAUUAUACAGUCAUUAGCACUUCUGCGUUAUUUGUGUCUCACUAAAUCAGUUGUACACACAGUCCUGUCCAACCUUUAUCUGUGGACAUGUUGUUACGCUGUUUGUCUGCACAAAAAUAGCGUGAGGCGUUGUUAUCAACUGGUAUUGCUAACAAUGGCUAACCUGGCUAGAGCUAA